UAUGAAAACCACCACCUUCCUCACCACCAGCGUCGCCUUUGCGGCUGCCACGAGUGCGACGACCAUCUGCAGCGCGGUGCCGCCGUUCAACUACGUGUCGGCGUCGACUGCGCACCCUCAACUCGCGCCAGCCCUCGACGUUCUCAAGCAGCAGCCCAUCGCGACGUGGUACACGGACCAGUACGUCAGCGACCUCUCAGGGCUCAUGGCCAAGUGCCAAGAUGCGACGCCAGCGAUCGUUGUAUAUGGUCUGCCGCAGAAGGACUGCGCCCACGGGUACUCGUCUGAGGGCAGCAACGCCAACACGGCCGAUUACGCCAAGUGGAUUCAAAAGCUCAUGGAUCAAGUCGGGUCGAACCGCGACGUCGUCUACAUCCUCGAGCCGGACGCCUUGGGGCUCCUCGCCAACAACCCAUGCGCGACGCAGCACAACUACAAGGCGAACCUCCGCAUCGCCAUCGAAAUGCUCGCGUCCAACCCAAAGGCCAAGAUCUACGCGGACGUGGCGGCCUGGGGUGACAUGGCCAAGACGACUUCGAUCCUGAACGAGCUCAAGGAAGCGGGUCGCCUCUCGGGCAUCGCGAUCAACACGUCAAACUACGUCUCCAACGACAAACUCCUUGCGACGUGCCAGUCGUACUCGGCCGCGACCAACGGCCUUCACUGCAUCUUUGAUACCUCACGCAACUUCAACGGAUCGCCCUCGAGCGAGUGGUGCAACGCCAAGUCCGGUGGCAUUGGCUCGCCGCCGACUGCCAACACGGGCUACCCCCUCGUCGAUUACUUUCUCUGGCUCAAGGUGCCGGGGGAGAGCGACGGUCAGUGCAACGACGCAGGGCGCACGAGCGACGCGGCCGUCGGGCCAAGCGCCGGGCAGUUCUUUCCGGAUGGCCUGGAGCGUCUCUGGAACCAAGGCCAUUUUGUCCAAAAGCAAGGGCUACCCAAGAUCGGCGGCGCGUGGCCGCAGUCAACAACCGCCUCGCCGACACCCGUGGUGACACCGGCGCCGACUCCUGCAGCAACCAAUGCGCCCGCAUCGCCGACAUCAACGCCAACGACCUCGACUACGACGCGCAUGCCCACCACGGACUCGUCGACCACGGGCUCGCCUGUAACAGAGACGCCCACGACCGAGACGCCAGUGUCGACUUCCAACGUUCCAUCGGUGUACCGCAGCACCUCUGGCUCCGUUGCGCACGGUAGCGACGUCCUUGACACACCGACGCCGCCUACGUAUGACGCAAAGCCGACACCCUCGGCGACAUCACAGACGUACACGGCGAGCACCGGUGCGCGCGACACUGGCACAGACUCGACCACGAUUGCGCUCUCAACUCUCGUCGGCGUCGGCGCCGUCGCAGCCGUCGCCAUGGCCGCGGUUGCCGUGCGCAAGCGCAUCACGCAAGACAAAGCCGACUUGGAGCUCGAGCGCGACGUUAGUGGUAUCGUCAUCCUGUCCACCGAUCGCGCGCAAACGAGCAUCCUCUAAGUUCUUAAACCAUCGUAUCAAUUAUUCUAUAUAUAUUCAAACAAAGUCCCAAUUUUCUACUCCUUGCGAAUCUCAAACGUAUCGACGGCGAGGCCUGAGCCAGCGUCCACAAAGCUCCACGAGAGCACGCUGCGGUUGGCCUUGAGGAGCGAGACGCCGUAGUGCGUGUUGUCGACCAGGACGUUCCACGUCUGCGCCGCGACGCCGUCGUAGGGCUCGUGGCCGCCGGCGCUGCCGCAGGCGCCCGAGACCAUGUACACGGGCGCGGCCGGGUUGAGAUACACGCUGCGGUCGUCGCUGACGCCGUCGAGGACGGGCACUCGAUUGGCGAUCGGGAGGUGGCGCUCGUACGCGUGCUGGUGGCCCGAGAGCACCAUAUCAACUUGAUACUUGAGAAAGAGCGGCUCGAAGGCGGCGAGGAUCGCCUCUUGCUUCUUCUUGGGGUGACCCGUGGGUUUAAAGACUUUGAGGCCGUAAAUCGGUCGGUGCGACCCGACGAGAAUCCACGGACGCUCGUGGCGCAGGGCCACCGCCGCCUUCAAGUCGGCUUCGAGCCACGCCAGCUGGUCGCCAAAGUGGCCAUUCGCCACCUUUGUGCCCUUGUUGUUGCUCGGCGCGCCCUCGAAGUCCGACUCGGAGCUAAUGCUAAUGAAAUGCACCGGUCCGUGGUUCCA